CGUCAAAUUCCUCAGCACUCAUCCACACAUCAAUCCGUGGACUCUCAUAUCAAACGCAUUAUUUCUACCCUCAAUCCCGUCCGCACUUCAAGAUAUCACACAAAGUCGUACUGCUACCCAAAAGAAGCAAUCAUGGUCGCCAUCAAGGACAUUCUAGCUUCGAACACCAAUCUCUCCACCGCUCUCCCCUCGUCUCCCACGGCCGUCUUCGUUGGCGGCACAAAUGGCAUCGGGCUCGGCGCUCUGAAGGCCUUCACAAAUCACACAACCACCCUCUCGCCGACCAUCUACAUCGUCGGCCGUUCCGUGACCUCCCUAAACACUCUCAUCACCUCCCUCUCAGCUCUCAAUCCUUCCGCCACCUUUAUCCCAAUCCAAGCCAAGGACCUCACCCUGGUCAAAGAUGCAGCAGCCGCGGCCGCCGAGAUCGCCUCCAAGAUCGAGAAACUCGACCUCCUCAUCAUGAGCCCCGGCUUCGUCUCGCUACAUCGCGAGAACACCCCCGAAGGCUUCGACACCACCCAGGCCAUCCGCUUCUACUCUCGCAUGCACUUCCUCACCACCCUCACACCAGCGCUCCGGAAAUCGCCAUCCCCACGGGUCGUGUCUGUUCUUGCGGGCGGGCAAGAAGGAGAGCUGUUCCCGGACGAUCUGCUACUGGAGAAGAACUACUCCCUCAUCAAAGCUGCGGGUCAAGCCACAAGCCUCAUGACGCUUUUCUUUGAGGCAUACAAGAAUCAACCUGGGAACGAGAAGAUUAGCCUUGUGCACCUGUACCCAGGCGCCGUCGGAGGCACGGGACUCACGAUCAGAGGGCUUCCGGGCUUCGUGCAGUUUCUAGUGAAUUGGACCGUUGUACCGCUCAUGAAGUUGAUCGGGCAAACCCCUAAAGAAUCUGGUGAGCGGGUGCUCUAUGCCGCUACAAGCGGGAAGUUUAGGAGAGCGCAAGCGGGCGAGGCUAGCGAAGGGGCGGAGCUGGAGAAGGGGACGGAUGGGAAGGCUGGAAGCGGCGUUUUCCUCGUGCAAGGAGAUUCGAGCGUCUUGACUGAGAACAAGGUGCUGAAAAAGUACAAGGACGAGGGGAAGGCAGAUUUCGUAUACAAGCACACGCUUGAGCAGUACGAGAGGCUCGGAGUAUGAUUUCGAGAUGGGCAUUCGAAACAGAGCGAACGUUUGAAGACACUAGCGGACUUUAAUUUGGCCAGCGGCUAAAGGCACGUUUUGGUCAGGCGUCCUCGAUCUCAAAUGGGCCUUUUUCAUCUCCUUUCUCAAUACCUUUCAUAAUCCAACUUUAAUGCUUAAAUACGAUACCUCAAAAUUAAUUCAAGUUCCUCCAAAGAACAUCCACCCUGAUCUCUAUCCCCCACAGCACCUUCACACCCCUAAAACCCCUCCCUCAAAACCCCGGAUCACUCACCCACUCAUCCGCAUACCCAGAAUCAUACGCACUAUCCUCCUCAUCCCCAUCCCCCCAAUCCCCCUCAUCCGGCUCCUCCGGCUCCUCCACGCGCGGCCCGCAUUGAUAGAUAGCCCGCGGCCGGUCCUCCCUCUGCGGCACGCGCCACAAAUGCUCAAAAGGCGCAGCAACGAAAUCCUCC